CUAAAUGUCAACCUUGAUUGUCAAUAUUUACUAAAUAUUAGUAUAUUGUUAAUUUAAUUGAUGUUAUAUCAUUAAAGUAGUGUAUAUGCUUCAUUAAUAGUGAGAUGGCACAAUAUAAUCCGAAUGAGUAUUGGAAUCAACAAAAUCCACCAGAUCACAGCUAUAAUUUUGAAGUUCCAGAUGAUUUCGGUUUUCAAUCAUUCGACAAUGAUCCAAAUCAACAACCAUUGUCCAAUCAAAAUCAAAUGUAUCCAAAUGUUCCAUUUACUCCAACUGAAAAUGUUUACACCGGUCAAGUUUAUGAUCCAAAUUUAAUGCCAAAAACUGACCAAUAUUCUCAUGGAGGAGGCGGAGGAGAAUUUGAUGAUGAACCACCACUACUGGAAGAAUUGGGUAUAAAUCCAGAUCAUAUUCUCAAAAAGACAUUAUCAGUAUUAAAUCCCAAAGAAGAUCCCGAUCCGAAUUUUGUUCAACGAUACUGAUAUGGCCGGGCCACUUGUUUUUUGUUUAGCAUUUGGAGCUUUUCUUUUACUGUCUGGCAAAGUGCAUUUUUCCUACAUUUAUGGUAUCGGUGGAAUUGGUUGUUUGGGUAUGUACAGCCUUCUUAAUCUAAUGUCUCAACGUGGAGCAACUCUGAUGGGUGUGGCAUCAGUUUUGGGAUAUUGCCUUUUGCCAAUGGUGCUUCUGUCAGGAGUUAAUGUCAUUGCUAGUC